AUGGACAAGACUUGGAUUGAUUUACCAAGGAUGUCAAGGGACUACUUUGAUGGGAUUGACAGAUUUCUUGAGUUUGCAUACACUGAUAAGCUUGAUGAUUCAUUCAUCAGUUGUCCUUGUAGAAAAUGUGAGAAUCGCUAUAGUUUUCCUCGAGCAGCUGUAAGGAAACAUCUUUACUCUUGUGGAUUUUUUAAGAAGUACAAAAAUUGGACAAACCAUGGGGAGUCAUAUGCUUUUCUUAGUGGAGAGCAAGCCUAUGGAACUUUUGAAAACUCAACAGUUGGGGACGAUAUGGUUGGAAUGAUAAGUGAUGCUCUAAGGAAUCAACAUUCGGGUACAAGUGUUGGGAAUGAUGAACGAAUUCCAAAUGAACCUCAAAAAGGGCCUGAUGAAGCAAUGGCAGCGUAUCUCAAACUUCUUGAGAAUGCAAAUACCGAGUUGUAUCCUGGGUGUAAAAAUUUCACAUCAUUGUCGUUUAUUGUUCGACUUCUACAUAUGAAGGUGCUCAAUAAGUUGACAAACAAGACGAUUGACAAGUUUCUUGCAUUUUAUCAUGAGGCUUUCCCUGAGGCCUUGAAUCUUCCGAAUUCGUACUAUGAAGCCCAAAAGAUAAUUGAUGAUUUGGGCUUUACAUACAAGACGUGGGAUGCAUGUCCUAGAAGUUGCAUGUUGUUUAGAAACGAGCAUGCAAAUCUUGAUGCUUGUGUCGUAUGUGGUGAAUCGAGAUGGAAAGUGACUAUCACUAAGUCAAAAACUGGCAAGAAACGUGGUAAAAAAAGGGCUACGAAACAAAUGAGGUAUAUCCCUUUGAAGUCAAAAUUGCAAAGGUUUUUUACGUCAUCCGAAAUAGCCAAGCUCAUGAGUUGGCAUGCCGAUGGACAAACCAAUGAUGGUGUUCGUAGGCAUCCUGCUGACGCUCCUGCAUGGAAGGAAUUUGAUCGUCGACAUGUCAGGUUUGUUGGUGAUAUUCGAAACAUAAGACUUGGGUUAGCAUCUGAUGGAUUCAAUCCAUAUGGAACAAUGAGCAUAACUCAUAGCACUUGGCCUGUCGUGUUGGUUGUGUACAAUCUACCGCCAUGGAUGUGCAUGAAACAACCAUUUUUUAUUUUGUCUUUGGUUAUUGAUGGCCCGAAGGGACCAGGCGAUAAGAUUGAUGUGUAUUUACAACCAUUAAUUGAGGAGCUAUUGGAAUUAUGGAAUGAAGGAGAACUCACAUUUGAUGCAUCAACCAACCAAAUGUUUCAACUGCAUGCAGAUUUAAUGUGGACAAUCAACGAUUUCCCCGCAUAUGCCAACUUGUCAGGAUGGAGUACCAAAGGAAAAUUUGCUUGUCCUUCAUGCAAUAAAAACACAGUAUCUUGCUAGUUGAAACAUGGUAAGAAGCAAUCCUACAGGGGUCAUCGCCGAUUCUUACCAAGUGAUCAUAAAUUUCGAAAGGAUAGAGUGUCAUUUGAUGGAACACGGGAAUGGAGAAGCAAGCCUAAACCAUUGUCUGGAUCUGAGUUGCUGAAUCAAAUCGAAUUAGAAGGUAUCCUUACCCAAUACAAGAUAUUUGAUCUUAAGGUACGGUUUGAGAGAUUAAAAGCCAAGGAAUCCGAUACAUCUUCAGACCACAAUUGGAAAAAGAAGAGCAUAUUUUUUGAGCUGCCAUAUUGGGAAUUCAAUUUAAUCAGAAACAAUAUUGAUCUAAUGCAUGGGGAGAAGAACUUUUGUGACAAUAUAUUAUGGACAAUACUUGGAGUUGUAGGAAAAUCUAAGGACAAUCCUAGUGCCAGGCGUGAUCUAGAAUUUCUACAUAUUAGAAAGUCGUUGCAUUUGCAGUCAAGAGGGUCCAAGAAAGCAUAUAUGCCACCACCACAAUUUACAAUGAGCAAAGAAGAAAAGAGGAUAUUUCUCAAAGUAUUAAAGGAAGUUCGAGUGCCAGACGGUUAUGCAUCGAAUAUCUCAAGACGUGUGCGCCUAGAUGAUACAAGUAUUGGGGGACUUAAGAGUCAUGACAACCAUAUUCUAAUGCAACAACUUAUACCUAUUGCCAUUCGAAAAGCGUUGCCUAAGAAGGUGGUUGAACCCUUGAUUGAAUUGGGAAAUUGUUUUAGACAAUUUUGCUCCAAAGUUAAUCGUGCUUCAGACUUGGAAUAUCUUGAAGAUCGUUUUGUAGUGACGCUGUGCCAUCUUGAGAAAAUAUUUCCACCAUCCUUUUUUGAUAUAAUGGAACACUUGGCUGUACAUUUAGCUGAAGAAGCAUUAAUUGCUGGACCGGUUCAAUUUCGAUGGAUGUAUCCAAUCGAGAGAUUCCUUCUUAUGCUGAAACAAUAUGGGCGGAAUAAAGCUUAUCCGGAGGCUUCAAUAGUUAAAGGUUACUUGAUGGAAGAUUGUAUGAAUUUUUGUGCGCAGUAUUUGAAUGACGUGGAAACAAAAUUGAAUCGUCCAGCGAGGAACUAUGAUGGCGGUGACAGUAUGGGUCGGGGUGUGGGGGAAAACACGAUAUUUCACCUUGAUGAUAGAGAAUGGAUACAAGCUCAUCGAUAUAUUUUGUUCAACACCAAUUCAGUUGCACCUUUCAUUACGAAGCACCUUGAAUUUCUCAAAAAUAAGAUGCCUCGAGCUGAUGAUCAUCAAAUUCAGCAGGAGCAUUUUGAAACAUUUCAUGCUUGGUUCAAGGACCAUGUAUGUAUUUUUCUAUAAGUCAUAAUCAAACAUA